AUGAGCCCGGACAAAGCCGACAAAGCGAAGCGUGCUACGACCAAGAGGACCGAGUUUACGAAGCGCCAAAACGAAAGCUGUGUGCCGUCAAACUCGACUGAUGGCGAACAUGUGGACAAGGAUGCUCAGCAGGUUCAAAAGCUCUCUAUGCAUGAACAGAUCGCCAAUGUCAUGAAAUUGGCAGGCGCGUUGUACGAAGUGAGCACAAUGCUCAAUGAGGAAAUCUCAAAUGCUACAUCGCGAACAGACGCGAGUCUCGCGCUCGACCACAUCGACCAAAGUUUGUUGAACGAACCGAACCCAGUCUUCGAAACCAUCCAGAACGAUGAAAUAGAUAUCGAUGCUAUUCGGAAGGCGAUGUCGGACCUCAAGACUCGACUUCAUAGCCACCAAGACAAAGCCAACAUUCUAGCACAUCUGUGUAAGAGAUGGAAAAGCGAGCUGGAGGAUUACUACCCACUCAUGAAUCGAAUGACCCGAUCACGGAAUGCCACUGACAGUCUUGCACUGCCACGAUCUGGAGAAUCCACGAUCAAAAGUCCUGUUGUCAAGAAAAAGGUGCCGACCAAACCGCAGAAGCACUCGUCGACUCGCAUGACCAGGAAUACAAGAGACCGAGCCGAAGCCGUAGAGCCAGAAUUCGUAGAGCCAGAAUUGGCUAAGAAGCCGUGGUCACCCGCCAAACUCAGGUACAAAGAUGAGGAUUCCACAUUCUCGCGCAACCCCAGGCAAGAUGAACCCCCAAGUACCCGGCAAGACGAGCUCAUGAGAAAGAAGCGACCAUAUAAUCGAUCUAGCGAUCACGGCAAAGGUGGAGAUGAUAAGGACGAUGGAUUCUCCAUAUUCGCCAUUUGA